GGGCGGCGGCCACCGUGACAUCAGGCCUGGCUGGCGCCGAGCGCAAAUCGCCGCCGCCCCGGGACCCGCCUUCUCCCGUCGCCAACAAAAGCCCCGGGCGGCCGCCGGCCCCAGCGCCGCUCCCGACACCGACCGGCCCGGCCCGGCCCAGCUGCAGGAUGCCGAACUGGGGAGGAGGGAAGAAGUGUGGUGUCUGCCAGAAGGCCGUGUACUUCGCCGAGGAAGUGCAAUGCGAAGGCAACAGCUUCCACAAGUCCUGCUUCUUGUGCAUGGUCUGUAAGAAGAACUUGGACAGCACCACUGUUGCUGUGCAUGGAGAGGAGAUCUACUGCAAGUCCUGCUAUGGCAAGAAGUACGGUCCCAAGGGCUAUGGAUACGGGCAGGGAGCAGGGACCCUGAGCACUGACAAGGGCGAGUCUCUGGGCAUCAGAUAUGAAGAAGGCCAGUCCCACCGACCCACCAACCCCAACGCAUCCAGAAUGGCCCAGAAAGUUGGAGGUGCUGAUGGGUGCCCUCGCUGUGGCCAAGCCGUGUAUGCAGCCGAGAAGGUGAUUGGAGCUGGAAAGUCCUGGCACAAGUCCUGCUUCCGCUGUGCCAAGUGUGGCAAAAGCCUGGAGUCCACCACCCUGGCAGAUAAAGAUGGGGAGAUCUACUGCAAAGGUUGCUACGCCAAGAACUUUGGUCCCAAGGGCUUUGGCUUCGGGCAGGGUGCCGGGGCGCUGGUCCACUCACAGUGAGGCACCAGGAGCCGGUACCCAGGGCUCCUCUGUACCAGCCUGUGCAGCUCGGCCCGCACCGCACCGCAGCGAGCAUCCUCACCACCACCAGUAACCACCCGCUGCUUCACAGCACGAGCCGCAUCCUCCCGCCCUGACCCGGCGCAUCCUGACACCGUGGGGUUCCCAGCAUCAUUCCCAGCAGGUCCUGCUGGUGCGGGUGCCGGCGGGGGGUCAGCUCACACCGCCUGCAGCCAGGCCUGCAACAUCCCGCUCCGUGCUGCCCAUCCCACCGGGAUGCGCGC